UUUAGUGUUGAAAGUGAAAUGCAUCACAAAUGAGAGAGCAGCCGACAGAGUGUGAGCAGUGAAGAGAAGAGUCUCGUUGGUACAUUUGUUCCCUGACAGUCAUUCAGAUUUAACCGUCAUCAUCAUCAUCAUCAUCAUCACAUGUCGGUUCUUCCUCUGCUGGUGAAAAUGUUGCGGCAGGUCUGGAGGUUGAGGGGCGUCCUCGUCCUCGUCUGCAGCCCGAUCAUCCUGCUGCCGCUCGCCAUCAGCACCACGGAGGCCGCCUGUGCUUACGUCAUCCUCCUCAUGGCGGUGUAUUGGUGCACUGAGGUUUUACCGCUGCCGGUGACGGCGCUGCUGCCGACCAUCCUGUUCCCCGUCCUCGGCAUCAUGGAGUCCAAAGACGUGUGUAUGCAGUACCUGAAGGACACCAACAUGCUGUUUGUAGGGGGGCUGAUGGUGGCCGUCGCCGUGGAGCACUGGAACCUCCACAAACGCAUCGCUCUGCGAGCUCUGCUGCUAGUCGGAGUCCGACCUGCCCUGUUGAUGCUGGGGUUCAUGGGAGUGACAGCCUUUCUGUCCAUGUGGAUCAGCAACACGGCCACCACCGCCAUGAUGGUUCCAAUCGUCCAGGCUGUCCUGGAACAGCUCCAUGACAACGUAGACCCUGAACCCUCCUCCAAGACCCAGAGAGGGAGUGUCGACCUAGACCAGGAACAUAAGGAGAAAACCAGCAGCGUUCUGCAAACUGCUGGUGCGAACAUCCUGGACAACGGUGUGAAUGGGGAAACCUUCACACAAAGUAACUCAGAGAAAUCCAGCAACACGUCCUCUGAGGCUCAGAUGGACAGACAGGAGAUCGUCAAACCGACACCACAAGACAAACCUCCAUCAGACAGCACCAACAGUGGACCUGGUGAGUCCACAGAGGAGAUUCACUCUGCCGUUGUGUCCGUGGAGAACGUCUGCUGUCAGAUGGAGUUGGAGGAGCUGAGCGACGAAGAGGAAGAGAGGAAGAAGUUGAGCAAAGGACUCCUGCUGUGUGUGUGCUACUCUGCCAGCAUCGGAGGCAUCGCCACGCUGACCGGCACCGGACCCAACCUGGUUCUGAUGGGACAGAUGAGCCAACUCUUCCCUCGGAACGGUGACGUGAUCAACUUUGCGUCCUGGUUUGUGUUCGCCUUCCCCACCAUGGUGCUGACGCUAACGCUGGCCUGGUUCUGGCUGCAGUUCGUCUACAUCGGCUGCAACCUGCGGAGGACAUGGGGUUGUGGGGCGGUGCAGACGGAGAAGGAGCGAGCGGCUUACGAAGUGAUCCGAAACGAGCAUCGUCGUUUGGGACCGGUGACUUACGGAGAGGUCAGCGUCCUGGCGCUCCUCAUCCUCAUGGUGGUGCUGUGGUUCACGAGAGACCCGCGCUUCAUGGACGGCUGGGCCACACAUGUCUUCAACGCCAAGGCAGAGUGAGUACCAACGAAGCACGUGUCCUGGUUGUUCAUUGUUUCACAAUAACUGAGGGCUAAAUGAACGCUCAGGAGUUAGAACUCUCUGACGGGAUUACCUGAAUUAUCUCCACUGUGUUAAGUCUUCUACACUUCCUGGUUGCAAUGCUUUAACAGACUGCAUUGGUUGUAGCUCAACUUGUAUCUCUGAUGACUUAAGAUCCAGACGUCUGUUGCUAACGUUAGCUCAGCUUGUUUCUCUGAUAACGUUGUCGUUAACGAUUAUUUAUAAACAGUACAGUCUAUCAUGCUAAAGUAACCACGCCCGUCAGUUCUUGUGGUGCUUUUUAUAUUCUGUAACUGUAGCACGAAAUCAUGGUGGAAUGAGACUAGCUAGCUAGCUAACUAGCCAGCUGAUAAAUAAUUCAAAUUGAAAAACGUGAUGCUUCAUCAACACACUCUGGUUAUUAACACUGAUUCACCAGAUGUUUAAAUAUGCUGUUGGCUUCAUUUCACGUUCACAGAAAAGAAAGAAAAUGUUCGAGAGGCAUAUUUUGUUAUUUCCAGGUGAACUCUGAGGUUUAGUUACUCUUUAAACAGCUGUCUGGAGUUUUACUUUAACAGAAACACUACUUAGAAUAGUGUGUCACAUAUCUGUGUGUGUGUGUGUGCGUGUGUGCGUGUGAGUGUGUGUGUGUGUGUGCGUGUGUGUUUGUGUGUGUUCAGCACUGGUCUUGCAUUAAUGUUCAAUGGAAAAAAACGACUUAACCCAAAGUGUUGUUCAUGGCAGCGCUUGCCUCGGGGUAAACUCCCGGAACAGGAAUCAGAGGCGAAGGACAAACAGAAACGUGUCUCGGGUACAAACUGUAAACUGUGGUGCUGACCUGACUGACCUGCAUCAGGGCAGCGAGGCCGCACGCAUUCUCACCUUUCACUUCAUCGGGACUCAUCGCUCUCGCCAUGAGGAGAUAAACUUGCCUCAAGUUCACAGUUUGGCUCUUUAAACUUAACAGUUAAAUGUUUCUCUAGAUUUUAACUGACAAUCAACUUCUGGUGUCAAACUUCUUACAUUUUAAUCAUUAUUUAACCCAAAAAAGGAAAAGCAAUGAAUCCAGAUUGCAGAACUUUUGAGCUUCAACCACAAAUGUAGUAAACAGAUUCCAAACCCACCUGUAAAACAUCCCUUUAAAGCUUGUUUUAUGAAAACAAUGUUACAUACGUUACUUUCAGUAUGAAUUCACAAAGUUAAGAUGUUGCUAGUUAGCUAGUAAGUUGGGUAGCUAGUUAGAGAUGUAGCUAGCUAGCUAGCUAGGUAUCUAUGUAAUAAGUCACCAAAAAUUUAUUUUUUUU